AUGCAACAAUUUUUUUCUCUCUUUCUUUAUUUUUUCUCUGUCUUAACAUUCCACUCUCUUUCUUUAAUCAUCAACCCCAUCUCUCUUUCUCUCUCUCUCUCUCUCUCUCUCUCUCUCUCUCUCACUCUGUUCUUAAAUUUAAAUAUGGCGAAUUCUUCUUCUUCUUCUUCUUCUUCUUCUUCUUCUUCUUCUUCUUCUUCUUCUCCGCCUCCUUUUCUUCUUCUUCCUCCUCCUCCUCCUCCGCCUCCUUUUCUUCUUCUUCUUCUUCUUCUUCUUCUUCUUCUUCUUCUUCUUCUUCUUCUUCUUCUUCUUCUUCUUCUUCUUCUUCUUCUUCUUCUUCUUCUUCUUCCGCCUCCUUUUCUUCUUCUUCUUAUCAGGAGUGGUAGCUGGUGUGGUGGUGCUCUCAAAUUCAUUCUCUUCAUAAUCUUAGAACCCUCUAAGAACACACACGCGCUUCUUCUCUCUUUAUCUCUUUCUUUCACUUUUUCUCUCUGUUUCGCUUUUAUUCUAUCUCUUUUAAAUUCUUUUUCCUUCAUUUUUCUCUCUUUUCUCUUUCUUUCUUGUUCUUUCUUCCACUAUCCCUUUCUCUUUCACUAUGCAUUUUAUCAACCAACCACUGCUUCAGGUGACCACCAAACUCAGCACCACAUCAGGACUAGAGGUCCGCCUGUACACUCCUAUCCGCGACGACUCGCACCACACAAAAUGGCGUACGCCGGGGAACAAUUUGACAAAAUGCUGAGUGGCGGCAUCAUUCGUCCUUUCGAUAGCCCCUUACACCUCGCCACUGCACUUAGUACCUGUUUAUUCCCAAGUUUUCUUUGGAUACAUGAACUGAUCCAGAAUUUUUCUCUUUUAUUCCCGGUCUCUCUCUCUCUACGCUUUACUUUCUUCUUCUCUCACUCCAUUUUAUCUCUUACUCUUUCUAUCUUUCUUUCACGCUCUCUUGCUCUAUCUUCUUUCUUUCGCUCUCUUUUCUCUCUUUCACACACUCUCUCUUUCUUAGUCUUUUUUAUUUUUCUCUUUCUCGCACUCUCUAUAUUAUUUAUCACAUUCUCUUCAUCAUUCUCUCUCUCUCUCUCUCUCUCUCUCUCUAUCUCUCUAUCUAUCUAUCUUUUUCUAACGUUUGUAUGA